AUGGCUGUCACGAAGGUUAAAGUUAAGAACCCGAUCGUCGAAAUGGACGGGGACGAACAGACCCGGAUCAUUUGGCAUCUGAUCAGAGAGAAACUGGUCCUCCCCUAUCUGGACGUCGAUUUGAAGUAUUUCGAUUUGGGGAUCGAGCACCGUGAUAAGACCGGGGACAAAGUGACCACGGAUUCCGCAGAGGCUACUUUGAAGUACGGUGUUGCUGUGAAAUGUGCGACCAUCACGCCAGAUGAGGCGCGUGUCAAAGAAUUCCACCUUCACGAGAUGUGGAAGUCCCCCAACGGGACAAUCAGGAACAUACUAGGCGGUACCGUGUUUAGAGAACCAAUUAUAAUCCCCAAGAUCCCACGGCUGGUCCCACAGUGGGUUGACCCGAUUAUUAUCGGGAGGCACGCUUUCGGGGAUCAGUACAAGGCCACAGACACGGUGGUCAAGUCCGCGGGUAAGUUGAAGCUCGUGUUCGAGCCAGAUAACCCGGAGGAGGAGACUUUGUCCCUGGAUGUGUACCAUUACCCUAGGGACGGUGGUGUCGCCAUGGUCAUGUACAACACGAAGGAGUCCAUCGAGGGGUUUGCGAAGGCGUCGUUCCAACUUGCGGUGGAGCGUAAGAUGCCGCUGUACUCGACGACCAAGAACACCAUCUUGAAGAAGUACGACGGGAUGUUCAAGGAUAUCUUCGAAGGUAUGUACGAGAGGGAGUACAAGGAGAAGUUCGAGGAAUUGGGGAUCUGGUACGAACACAGACUGAUCGACGAUAUGGUUGCACAAAUGUUGAAAUCGAGUGGUGGGUACAUCAUCGCAAUGAAGAACUACGAUGGGGACGUGCAAUCAGAUAUCGUCGCACAGGGGUUUGGGUCCCUUGGGUUGAUGACCUCCGUGUUGAUUACCCCCGAUGGGAAAACUUUUGAGAGUGAGGCUGCACACGGGACAGUGACGAGACAUUACAGACAACAACAGCAGGGUAAAGAGACCUCGACGAAUUCGAUUGCCUCCAUUUUCGCUUGGACCAGGGGGAUCAUCCAAAGAGGGAAAGUGGACGGGACUCCAGAUGUUGUCAAAUUCGGUGAGGCUGUCGAAAGGGCGACCAUCGACACGGUCGAUAUCGACAACAAAAUGACAAAGGACCUGGCGCUUAUUUUGGGGAAGACCGACAGGGCUUCCUACGUCACUACGGAGGAAUUUAUUGACGCUGUCGAACAAAGACUGAUCAAGACUUGGCAUUACUAG